AUGCCCAUCCACGAUAAAUUAGCGGAUUUGAAAUUUAAACUCAAUUCAGCCAUGAAACAAAAGUUAAGAAAGGAAAUAAUUGUACAUUCACUACGCAGUAAAGAAAGUAGUGUUACUGAAGAAAUUUCAUUAACAAAAGAAGAAAACGAAUCUUUCAUACGACAAAUUAAUGAACUUACCUCUCAGAUAUCACAAAUGAAAUCUCAAAUAAUAAUGAUAGAUGUUUGUAGAGCGUCUGAGGAGUCCAAAAUAAAUGUAAUUGAAUCAAAUUUGAACGAUUACAAAAAUGGGUAUGAUGAACUGUAUGCAAAAGUUCAGUCCUAUAAUGGAUUAGUGGCUGGCUGUGGCUGGGUGGGGGCUAAUUUCACGCAUUUACAAGCAUUCACUGGGUGGAUUCUCACUGGAUUACGAUUGGAACUAUGUAUACCAGGCAUUAAAAAUUUACUUAUCUUUAUAGAACGUGAUGUAUUCGAACAGCAAAAUAAACAACAAAAACAAAAGGAAGCUGAGGAAGAAGAGAUUGAGAGGGCAAAAUUAAUUAAAGUUCUAGAAAAGAAUGAACACCAAGCUAAGGAAGCGGCGGCCAUUGAAAAGGAAUGUGAAGCUAUAGAGCGAGAAUGUAGUGUUUUAACGAAAAGAAACAAAGCGAUAAUGUUGAAACUAAGAAGAAAGCUUAUCGAAACGGAAGAUAUAAGGCGCGAACUCACUAAGAAAAAGGAAAAUACUGAAACAAUUCAAGAAUUUAAUUAAUUAAUUA